AUGUGCAUUGUGAUUGCCCUGCUAUUUGCACAGGGAUUUCUUCUUACAGCCCUCAGCAUAUUCGGGUUUGGGGCAUUGGGAUCAAUUAGAGGAACUGCUGCUGCAUGGUUGCAAGUGUGGUUAUUUGGCGGAGCUGUCCCAGCAGCACUUUUCGAUAAGCCAUCGAAAUUUGCAGGCGCGUUGUAUGAUCAAUUUGAUUACCCCAUCAUUCGUCAAGGCGCUGUAAUGGUCGGCAGCUUGACGAAAAAACUUGGAUCGUUGCCUGCCUCAGCACACAUGCUGUACGGUGGUUCGCACUUUCCAAAUGCUGGAAAGUUUUGUUGGGAUAAGGCUGCUGGUCUCGGUUCAGAUAUCCAGGGGUGUACAGACAAAUUCUUCCAGCAUGCCAAGGAAUUCUGUCCCUCUGACAAGAUGACAGAAUUGAGGGAGUCUGUGGAUAGUGUCGCCAGCACAGCCGCGACACUGUAUCAAGUCGUCAAAGAAGCCGCAGAAUGA